AUGGCUCAGGAAUCGAGCACACAGAAGCCAAAAUGGGGCAUGGGAUCGUUCUUCCAGCAGGCAGUGGCCGGUGUCGAGUCUCGACUGGAUCACAUCUUGAUGGACGAGAACGGAAACCAGACCAACUCGAAUGGGAAGCCUGUGGACACUCAGACUGGGGAAACGCCAGCCGCGAAGUCCCCUGUUUCAUCAAUUUCCCGCAGCUCAUCAAGCGCCAAGAGGAAUGACCGACUUCAGGAGCGUCUUGCCCGCGCCAUGGUCAAACAAAACGCUUCGAAUCUAUCAUCGGAGUCCCCGCAAAGCAGAGUUUCGUCGCCCCCUGCUAGCCCGGUACCAAGUAACGGUGCUCGGUCUAGUAUGGACAUUGAUUCUAGCGCUGCGUCCGUCGCAAGUGCACCGGAUGAUUCCAAGUCUGUGCCCGCCGAAGAGGGAGCCGCAAAUGCGUUAGAGUCUCAGAAAUUGAACCGUGAUUCCGAAGAGAUCCCGCGCAUCUCAGCAGACAUUAGCGUGACAGAUUCCGCCCCAAGAGCCUCCGUCGAUGUGGCUCAACCUUCCGUUGAACCCGAGAGGGCCGAGAGCAGUCUUGAUCUACAACGUCAAGGUGAACUUGGUGCCGUUGCUCCGGCUGACAGUCCCCGGGUCAGUGUCGAUGUGAAAUCAGAUGUCACCGAAGACGCGAACCCUGAAACGGCCCGUAUGCAAGCUGAUCACAAAGCUGCUGAAUCCCGAUGGCAGGAGGAAAUGCAUGGCUACAUUGAACGCAUAGACGCAUUACAAUCGAAGCUUAAGUACCUGGCGAAGGACGCUGCAGAAUCAGCCAAGAAUGCGGCUGCGAGCGCCAAGCCAGGUAGCACGCAGAAACAGCUCCUCGAGAAGGAUGAGAAAAUUGCUUUGCUACUUGAAGAGGGCCAAAAGUUGUCCAAAUCGGAAAUGGACCAUCGAACCGUAAUUAAGAAGCUGCGUCAACAACUAAUCGAGACCACGAAAUCGCAGACAGAAAUGAAGAAGAAGACAGAGAAGCUUGAACGUGAUCUGGCCAAUUCUGAGCAGCGAGCCAAACGAGCAGAGGCUGCUGAAAAGAGAACGAACGAAUCAUUGUCCUCCCAAACUAAGUCAACUAAAGACUUGGAGGCUGUUACGAACGAAAGGAACGCUCUCAGUCAAACUGUCCAAGAAAUGAAGUCGCAACUGAGUCGCGCGGUCUCUCGUGCUGAAACUGCAGAAAAUCAGGCGAACUCUGACGCAUUGGACCAAGAGAAGCAACGGGCCGAAGCACUCGAGGAGGAGCUGUCCAAUCUGAAGAUCGAACAUGACAUCAGCAAAGAAAAGGCACAGAAGGAGAUUACCGAACUGCAAGGGAAUGUAGAGCAGGAGAAAGAAAGAGCUCGAAUGCUUGAAGCCGAGCUGAAGAGUGAACAGACUGUUCUGGAAAGCAAGAUGGAGAGUCUUCGGACCCGUGCCGAAGAAGCCUCAUCGGGAGCAACAGGAGAAACCCAGGCCAAACUCCUGCGACAGAUCGAAACUCUUCAAACUCAAUAUGCUGCCGCUAGUGAGAACUGGCACACCCUUGAAGGCUCUUUGCUUUCACGCUUGGCUAGUGUGGAAAAGGAGCGUGACGAUACUGGUCGACGGGAAGGUGAUUUGCGUAAGAAAAUUCGAGAAAUGAACCUCAAGUUUAAGAAGUUCGAAGAAGACUUAGAUAACGCGAAAGAAACCGAGCACGACCUCAACAGCAAGCUCGAGGAGCGUAUGCAGGAGCUGGAGAAGUUGCAGCAGAAGCUUACGAAGGCGCUAGACGAUCUCAGUUCAGCGCAAAAGGAUAUGGCCGAGCAGAAGAAAACCACCGAAGCAACAUGGGUGCAGAAGCUCGAAGACGAGCGGACCAAAUGGAGGGACCAACUGCUGGCAAAUUCUCCUUCGCAGACACGUGGGGUGUCCCCAGUCGCAUCUACCCGGCGCUCGAGCACUCUCGAUGCUCUGGCCCCAGGACUGUCAGACUUCCGUCCACCCAGCCGACGCUCGUCCGCGCCAUCCAUCAGCUUCGAGCCGGAUGAGUACUUUGGGGAUUCGGGGACUCCGGUCACUCCAUCAGCUUACGGCGGUACUCAGGCACCACCGCGGGGCAUCAACGACAUUAUCUCUGAGAAUACUGUCGGAGCUGGCCCAUCUGUCCAGUUAGUCGAGCGCAUGAGUGCGUCCGUGCGCCGCCUCGAGAGUGAGCGGGCUGGCACCAAAGAUGAGUUGGCACGGGUCACGACUCAGCGCGAUGAGGCUCGGCAACAAGUCGUAGACCUGAUGCGCGAGCUCGAAGAAAAGCAGCUCUCUGCUUCUCGCGUGCACGAACUCGAAGCCGAGCUCGAAGAUCUCGACCAGCGAUAUCAGACGACACUGGAAAUGCUGGGCGAGAAGAGCGAGCAGGUCGACGAGCUUAAUGCUGACAUUGCUGAUCUCAAAAAGAUCUAUCGCGAGCUGGUUGACAGCACGAUGAAAUAA